AUGCUGGGUAAUAGGCGGUCUAGCCGCGAUAGUGAAAGUCGUGCCAGUCAGUGGCGGCUCGCUAUGGCUAUACAGUUCUUACGCUGUUCGCGGAACCGUUUAAAUUGUUUGGGGAGAGUACGGUCUUUCAUCUCGAAGAGCAACGAAGUUCCUCUUCAGUACAGUACAGCAGCACAGCAGCGCAGCACGGGUGACGAUUGCCAUGGCGAUGACAGCACGACGGAGCAGACGCAUGCGGUGACCAACAUUCAGAUGCUGGAGAUGCGAGCCACCAAGCUGGGGGAGCAGGUCCAGAGCCUGACUGAGAAGUACAAAAAAGCCUUGGCUGAUUCUGAAAUGGUUCGGAGGAAAACUCAGAAGUUCGUUGAGGAUGCCAAGACCUUUGGAAUCCAGAGUUUCUGCCGGGACCUGGUGGAGGUGGCGGACCUGCUGGAUCUGGUGGUGCGGGAGCUGCGGGGCGAGGCGGAGGAGGAGGGCGAGGGGGCGGAGGAGGGGGCGCAUAAAACACGCCAGGGCCUGCAGCGGGUGCAGGAGCGGCUGGAGGCCGUCUUCGCCAAGCACGGCCUGGAGAAGAUGAUGCCCGUCGGGGGCAAGUACGACCCAUACCAGCACCAGGUCGUGUGCCAUGUGGCAGCCGAGGGCAUGGAACCUGGCGCCGUGGCGCUGGUCGAGCAGGAGGGCUACAAGCUCCACGGACGCACCAUCCGCCACGCCCGAGUGGGCAUCGCCAUGGCGACGCAGGAGCAGUGAGGAAGUCCCCCUCCCCCGCCCUGCCCCAUCCGGGGUUAUUUAUGUUCAGAUGCUUCUCAAUGGGAUGAUUUAUAUUCGCAUGUACAUAUUUAACAUAUUUUGUACAAUUGAAUGUAGAAAUGUUUAUAUUUAUAUUUAUUUUUGGAAUGGAUGCAGCGAUGUUAAAUGACUGCAGCGGUAGUUAGCGAGGUCAGGGCUCUCCUGCAGAGCUCCCAUUUUAGGAGCAUUUCCUCCUGAACAAUAAUGUGUGCUAACUAGUGGGGGGGGGGGGGAGUGAUUUAGGAGCACAUCUGCUAAUUGGGAUAUGUUGGUGUGCUCCUAAAUUUGUCAACGUAAGGGGCCAAUGUGCUCCUUGGGAAAAAAAUGUUGAUAGAGCCCUGACUGUCUUACUACAGACCAGCUACGUGCAACCAUAACCCCCCCCCCCCCAGCUUAGAAGGUGCAAUGAGGCUCACUUUAGACAUUUGCCAAUAGAAUGUCUGAGCAUCUGUUUCCUCAUGAGAGGAUCUGUAUUAAAAAGUCCUGAUUUAA